AUGGAAAGCAACAAUAGUAUCACAAUAUAUGUGCACGCCCGGGCUUCCUCGCGCUGGGCUUCUCUCCUGGGUUGCUUCCACACUGGGCCGCGAGCUGAGGACGGACGCAAGCGUGUUGGUUUGAACUCAGCUGAUCGUUUCGAGGGUUUACCAUUCGCCGGUCGAAGGAGAAGAAUCGGGCAGGUAAACCUUGAUUUUUGGUCGUUGAAAUUUGUCUCGUCUCAGCCGCGGGAGAAUCCUCGACUCUACCGUGGAAGAGGCCCGCUCCUGUUGAUGGAAGAAGCCUCGACCAUAGCCAGACGUGCUCGAAACCUGCUCAGCCGCGGCUGCUUGCUCUCGCUGCUCCAGCCGCGGCGUUCUGUUUCAGCCUGGUGCUCUCGCCGAAGCCUGGUGCUCUACCUUUGGGUGAUCUUUCUCGCCAGUGAAACUUCGGCCGGAAAACUAUAA